AUGAAUCUGCUUUGGCACAUGUUAAAAAAGAGAACAAUAACAACAAUAGAUCACCCACAUUCUUACAUAGGCUAUGCUACUUUAAAGAGAUUUUUCCCUGCCAUUUUAACAUUAAGGGGAUUCCUUUUCAAAUGGGUCCUUAAUUGUGUUAUGGAAUGGAAACAAAAAUUAAUGAUGAAGAUAAUUGCAAAAAAACAAUAA